AUGAAAGAUCCUACACUUUUUAAUUCAAUGAAGCUUUGCUCGCAAAAUCUCGACUCAAUACCGAAAUCAGAAGAUUUUCAGAAACUUGUGAUCCAAAUAGCAGAAAAGAUUCCAAUUUUGCUUCAAAGAAUUGCAAUUCACCAGAUUUCAAAAAAUUCGGCCGAAUUAAUAACGUUAUCCCAAUUUAUUCUCCCUUUACUUGCAACAGCUCAAAUAACUUCACCAGAUGAUGCAGGAAUCGUCUCAUUACUUACAACACUCCAUUUUAUAUUCCAAAUUGUUCCAAGUUUUCCAAGUUUAUCAGACUAUUCACACUCAUUAAUCCAUUUUUGCACCGUUCAAGCUACAUAUCCACAGCUUGGUCCAAUAAUUAACGAAUUAGAACAAUUUAUGCUUCUUGAUAAACAGUUUUGUGUUUCAUUAUGCAAAGAAAACUACUGUGAACAAUUAAUUCACGAAUUAUUUAAUAUUCCACAUGCGAAUGAUUGCAUUUACAUGCUUUACAAAAACAUUUCUAGCAUUUGUAAUACUUUUGAACCCGAACUCGAAAGUGAAAUUCUUCGUGUCAUUCCUUUAUUCCUCGAUUCACUCAUACAUCAUUCAAUCGAAGAAGAGAACAUUGCAGAUUCCACUCUUCUUAUUACAAUCCUUAUUUACAUUAACAGCAAAAAAGUUGACAUUUUAAGUAAAGUAGAUAUCAAUCAAUUCCUCGAUCAUAUAUACACUCACUUAGUCGAAAUCGAUCAAUCCAAGUUAUCCGAGUUUUUUUACUUGUUUUCGAAAAUUUCAUUUAAUUCUUUUAAUUCAAGUGUCAAUUUUUACAUCAAUCACAAAAUGAUGAUCAAUCCACCAACAGAAAACACAAUCCUCACUAUGAUGAAGACAUUAGAACUCCUCAUUUCAGAUCCAAAGAUAAAAAUUUCAGACAUCGAUCAAACAUUUCCUAUUAUUUCAGUUUUGACACCAACCAAAUUUUUUGGUCCAAGAAUCCAAGAAGAAAUCAAUCAUAUAUUUAUCAAACUGGCAGACAUCAAAUAUCCAGAAAUCAAAACAUGUUUGAAACCAGUUUUUUCUAAUCUGAAAACUUUUAAUUCAUCAUCAAUCGAAAUUCUUAUUAAAAUUUCCGAAAUCCUUGAUAACAAAACUAUUACAAUUAAUGAUCUCAAUGAAUCGGGAUUUAUCCAAACAUUUGUUUCUAACAACGAUGUUUUUCGAAAUUUUUCAGUUCAAUCAACUGAAUUCAUUCAUAUUUUGCGAUUAUGUUAUUCUAAAUUAACUGAUGCAAACAUCCAAUGGACAGUUUUCUCUGAACUUAUCAGUCUUGAACGAGAUAUCCCUCAUUCAACUAAAUUCAGUCAACUUUGUUCUAGUUUCUUAGUUAUCAAUCCAAAUCCUAAAUUAUUUAGUUCAUUUAUGGAAUAUGUUUUGAAACAUCCUAAAGACACAUUGAUUUCUAUCUUCAUCACCACAUUUUAUGAAAGUAAAUAUACACCACCUAUCUUCAUCAAAAGCUUUGGUUUGUAUUGGAUCAAUGAAAUGAUCGAAAGUGAUAAAUUUCCACAACAUUUGUUUCCUGUUUUUCUUUCUAGUUUGUUGCAUCACGAAUCAUUUGAGGAAGUCAAUCUUUGGAUCCAAUCAUUACCAUUGUCACAUCCUAUAUUUCAUUUAGAAAAACCAUUGUUGUAUCAUAUUGUUUUCGGUUCAAAUUCAUUACAAUUACGUGUUCCUGCUCUUUUGCCACUUUUACCAUCACCUAACCUUAAAUUGUCACCUUUUUCUAUUUAUGAUGCAUCUAAAUCCGCCAUGAGUGAAUUUAUCAGACAUGGUGUUGAUUUAGAUGAUAACAAAUUGGUUUCAAAAAUGGCAAACCGUUAUUUGACAUCUGAUCAAUUUUUAUAUUUAUUGCAUCAUUCAAAAAAACUUACAAAUUUUUGUGACAUCACAUCAGAUCCAUUUGAAUUCUUUGAAUUCUCUCCUACAUCACGAAACUCAGGAUUCACAGUUUCAUUUAAUUUUACAGCAGUUUCAUUUUGGAUUAAAAUAGAAAGUGAAGUGACCAAUCAAAUCAAUAUUUUUACAACAGAUUAUUUGAAAAUUUACAUCAAAGACAAAUACUUGUUUUUCCAGAUAAAUAACUCUAAAACAAAACUUGAAAUCAAGAAGAAAAGUUGGGAAUUGUUGAAUCUUUUUCCAAACGAAGAAUUUACAAAAAUCAAUUUAGAAUUAAGUUCAAAAAAAUGUUCAUUAGACAUUAAAUUUCCAUUUGUUCCUUUCACAACAGCAACAUUUGGAAGUUUCGAUAAUUUGACAAAUACUCGAUGGUUUUUGUCAACUGUCAAAUUUUUUGAAAAUUUGACACAAUUUACAAUAUAUCAAGGGACAGUUUCUUCAGAAAAUAAUCGACCAAAUUUCAUCAGUUCAUACAAGAAAAAUAACGAAAUCUUGAAGAAUGAUUACAAUAUCAAAAAUAACACAUUAACCAAAUGUGAAAAUAUCAGUAUUUGUCAUAGUUUUGUUGAUCAAUAUUCCGAUGAUUAUUUCUAUAAUUCACGUACAAAUUCAGAUCCAGAAUUUUCAAUUUUGUCACCUUUUUCAUAUAUUCCAAACAAAGGUGAUGGAGUUUUAAGUGUUCCUUAUUUCGGAUUCAGUUGGUUCUUCACAAUAAAAUACAAUUUAGUUUGUGCUCUCGAAAUCAUCUUAAAAAGUGACAACAAACAAAAAAUUACUGAAAUUAUUCAAGCGAUAAUUAACAGUUAUUUGAUCACAAACAACAUUCCAGAUUUUUGGCUUGAAAUGAAGAUGAUUAUUAAAGAGAAAAGAGAUGUUUUAGAAAAAUCAGUUAUAGAAUAUUUAUUUGAUUUAUUUUUCUCAUCCGUCGAAGAUUUGUAUUAUUUUAAUUACAUUGCAUUAGAUAUUGAUAUUUGGUACUUAUUUGGAGAAAUUAUUUUAAAGAGUAUUAUGAAAAAUCUGAAAGCUUCUAAUUUCAAAUUUUUGCCUAAAAUGGAAUAUUUAGGCUCAAUUUUAUCAACAUUGUUUAUUACAUUUAAUAAUGAUAUUUUGUAUAUGAAAUAUUUAAUGAAGUUUGCUAAUUUCUUUAAUGAUAUUGUUUUGUAUUCUCAUUUAUAUCAUUUGUUGCUUAUUUCAUCUGAUCAAGUGAAAAUUAAUGUUUUGACAAUGCUUAUUAAUUAUCACAAGAAACACAAAAUGGAUAUAUUAGCAGAAGUAUUCACAUUUAAGAAUGUAUUAGAUUUACUUUCAGUUUCAUAUGUCGAAAUCACAUCCAAAUUGUUAGAAUUGAUUGUUUUCAUUUCAAAAGGAAGGAUGACAUAUGUUUCUCCAUCUAUUUCUUUUUCUCUUAGUUUGAUGCAGUGUAUAACAGAACAUUCAGUGUGGACUAAGUUACUUUCUAUUGCAACAAAUCAAAUUGUUGAUGAUUUCGAUACUUAUCCUAUUGUUAAAUUUGAAUCACAAAAAAUAUAUAAUCCUAAUGUUUUAAUUACAUUAGUUAUCUUAAUUUGUUGUUCAUUAUCGAUUUUAACAAUUGUUCAUCAUGAAAAUAACUCAGAAGAAAUCAUUAAAUUCGAACGAGAUUUGAAAGAUGUUAUUCGUGUUUUAUCUUAUUGUUCCAAGUUCGAUAAUAGUUACUUAAGUAAUAACUCAAUUUAUAAUUUAUUGUUAUUUUUCACACCUCUUAUUUUUGAUGCAACAAAAUUGUUUAGUUCAAAUCGAUUUUCUGUUUUACAUGAUGAUCAUGAAGAAAAAAUGAAAAAUAUUGAUUUUUCUGAUGUUUAUACUAUCUUUGACAGAAUUGACAUAAUGAAUGAUGUUGAAGGAAGAAUUCCACAAUCAGAAGAUGCAACACAAUUAAUUGUUUCUCCUUUCAUUUCUUAUUUGCUUCCUGUGAUUUCUUUUUUCAGACCAGACAUCAAAUUUCCCAUCGAAAACAUCACUAAAAUUCCAAAAUUUUUGACUGAUCAUGUCAAUAUGAUCACAGAUUUCUUCACAAGUUUCUUAGUUUCAGCAAUUAAUAAUCCAACAAAGUUUACGACUAUUUUUCGUGUCAUUGUUUUCGAUAGUCCCAUCAAGAACUUGGAAGGAUAUUCUGAUUUCAUUUCCAAAUUCAUUUGUUCAUUAUUAACGCGUCCACAAGUUAUCAGUGCUCCUAUUAAGUCAUUGAACUAUUUAUUCUCAACAGUUUGUAUUGGUUUAGAAGAACAUUCUAUUGGUGACAAACCAGGUUUAUUGAUUAGUAGUUGUUUAACAAUGAUGAAAGCAAUAUUUUCUGUUAAAACGAAAGACACGAAACAAUUAGUUAUUUGUUUGCGACAUAUCAUUUCUAGUAUGUUUUCUAAUUGUACAGUUGAUGAGAUUUUAGGUGUAUUUGAGAUUUUACAUUCCAUGAAAGACUUUGUUACGCAAAUCAAUUUGUUUGAUGAUAUCAGUUUCACAUCAGGAUUCUUGAUUUGUUCUACAAAUAUCAAUGCAGUUAAUGACAAACGAUUUAUUGUUUUUUACAAUCAUUUCAUUGAUCAAAUCAUUUUUCAUGAUAAAUUCCAACACAGUUGGGAGAAAAGUUUUGAUUCUGUUUCACUUUUGAAUUUGAACAAAUAUGUUCAAGGAAUAUUAAAUUACGUGAACAAAGGCGGUCUUUCAUUCAGUGAUUGGAUUCGAGAUAAUAAUGAUAUCUACAUCCAAACAACGAAAGUUUUAGAACAGAAACACAGAGAAUUUAAUGAACCAAGAGAAGGAAUCGAAAACAUUUCAACAGAGAAUAUUGAUGAACAUUUCUUCGCAUUACGAAUUUGUUCAAUGACUGAUUCUAUGAACAAAAGAUUUGUUCGGUUGAAAACUACUAUAAACAGAGAACAAAAUAUCAUUCAAACAUUAGUUUCAUACCAAAAAUGUUUCAUGCAUAAACACAAUGAAAUGACAACAUAUAAUUAUUUCGUUAACAACGAAAUUUGUUUCAUGCAAAACAACAUUUUUGAGAAAUCAUUCAGAAUUUCUCCUUUAACAUUACCAAUGAUGACUCCGAAACUAUUGAUCCCUUCUCCAUUCGAAAUUCCUAAAGUUGAAGAUCAUAAUAUUGUCUAUCAAACUCAAAAUGAUACAAAAACUAUCUUCAAACACAAUGAUUUUGUUGAUUUGUUCUUUCGAGAAUCUACAAUAUUUUUCUCUAAAACAGGAAUGAAUAUCUUUCCUACAUCAUAUUCCAGUUUUAUUAAUGACAAUAAGAUUAUUUAUCGGUCAUUUGUUGAUGUUGUUGAGAUCAUGUAUGGCAGUAUUCUUGAAACAUUUAAUGCUUUAUUCAUGAAAUACAGUGAAGGCAUCAAAUCAGUUGUUUUUGAGUUCAAAGAUGUUUUUUGUGUUUUAAUUGGCUGUGAAAAGAAAAGUGAAAAUGAAAUUGAAAUUGAUUCUAAUUCAUAUAGUCAACUUGUUCAUGAAAACUUUAUUGAGAUGUCAACACUUGGUUUGUUUGGUCAUACAACAUUGUUUUGUGGUCAUCCAGUUCUCAUCAUUCCAUAUGAGUCCAUCAUUUUCACAACACAACAUUACUAUGCACAUCGAAAAAAUUCUGUUCGAAUCAACACAUAUGAGAGUGGAGAAAUCAUAUUGAUUCCAUAUCCUGUUACAUCAUGUUUACCAACACAGUUCACUAAAAUGAUUGAAGUUACAAACAAAAUGAAUGACAACAUUAUUCAUACAUUAUCAAUUGAACGAGCUCAAUCUCUUUGGACGAAUCAUAAGAUGAGUAAUUAUGAAUAUUUGUUGUUUAUUAACUCAUCUAGUGGUCGUUCAUUCAGUGAUUUGAGUCAAUACCCAGUUUUCCCAUGGAUCAUCUCAGAUUACGAAUCAGAAGAAAUUCCAACGAAAAUUCGUGAUUUGUCUAAACCUAUGGGUCAAUUAGAUGAAACACGAAGUCAACUAUAUGAUUCAUUCUUUGAUAGUCAGAAGACACAUUUCUACACAGCACUUUAUUCAAUGUCAUCAUGUGUUCACUAUUAUCUUGUUCGACAAAUUCCAUUCACAUAUUUCGAAUGGGAUUUGCAUGAAGGAUGGGAUGAAGUUGAUCGAAUGUUCAAUGAUAUCUGCACAUCAUUCUAUAGUUGCAGUCGAGAAGACACAAAUGAUUUACGAGAACUUAUUCCAGAGUUCUUCUGCCUCAGUGAUCUUUUUAAUGACAUCAACAUAUUAAAUCUGAAAGAUGUCAUUCUUCCUAAAUAUUGCAAGAACUCAUUCUCAUUUGUUUCUCUCAAUCAAUCAUUUCUUGAGAAAAGCAACAUCGAAGAAUGGAUCGACUUAAUCUUCGGAUGUGACCAACAAGGACAGAACUCAAUUGUUAAGAAGAAUCUUUUCAAUCCAGUAUUCUACCACAACUAUCAACUUGGCGAAGAAGAAACGAUCGAAUCUCUUAUCAUCAGACUUUCUAACUGGGGUCAAUGUCCAUCACAAAUCUUCAAGAAGAAACAUCCAUCUCGAAACAAACAAAUAAAUGACACAGACUCUGAUGAUACAAGUAAUAGUUAUAAUAAUUCUAAUGAUAUUAAUAAUAACACAAACAAAGAGAGUGACAAUUUCAAUUCUAAUAAUGAAAAUGAAAAUGAUAAUCAAAAUGAUAUUGAUUCUUUGUUGAAUGAUCAUAAUAAUUGUUAUUUCAUUCAUAACAAUGAAAACAUUUUUUGUCAUAUUGACAUCAAGAAAGGAUGUUUUGAAUCAAAUCAAUUCCAUUUUUGUUCAUAUGACAAUCAUUUCAGUUUCUCAAGAUCAAUUCGAAGUUCACAGAAUGGAAUUUUCUUUGUUAUUGACUUUUCAUUUGGUCUGAGUCAAGUCUUCAGAAUUACAAACAUAGAAAACAAAGAGAAAUCUAUUGUAGAGAUCGGUCGACCUUUCGAAACAUAUAAUCAUUCCCGAACAUCGAUCAAUGGUCAAGACAUGAUUUGCAGCAGUGUAUUUCCUAAUCAAAAAGAUAUACAAAAUAGUUUGGUUGUUUUAUGGGACUUCGUUCGUGGUGUUAUUCACAGGAGAAUCGAAUUCGAAAGUUCUGUUGUUGACACAGGAUUCGAUGAUUAUAAGUCUCUGCUAUAUGUUCUUACUAAGAAUGAACUUCAUAUUUUCAGUGAUAAUUGUAAUUUCCUUUGUAAGAUCAGUCUUGAGAAACAAGGUCUUUGUCUUGAAGUUCCUAAACUGAUGUCAUUCGACGAAGUUCGUCUUGUAUUCGUUGGAUCUUCUUCUGGUGAUGUUUACGUGUUCAAUUUCGAUCCUGUUAAUAUUUCGAUAAGUCACAUAAUGACAUUCAAACAGAACGGACCACCCAUAAGAGAAAUAAUUUUCAUGAGAAAUUCCAUGUCAUUAUUCGCUAAAGAUGAAUCUGGUAAGAUAUCAACUCUCAAAAAUUCAAUUUUAUUCAACAUGAAAUAG